AUGGCCACGGUGGGCGUAGAGCCUAGUGCCGCGGUUAGAGACACUACUGGAAACGUUACUACUGAUGUUGAUAGGUUACCUGAAGAGAUGAAUCACAUGAAAAUUCAAGAUGAUAAAGAAAUGGAAGCUACAAUCGUAAAGGGAAAUGUCACAGAGACUGGUCAUAUAAUAGUGACCACAAUAGGUGGAAGAAAUGGCCAACCAAAGCAGACAAUCAGUUACAUGGCAGAGCGUGUUGUUGGACAUGGCUCCUUUGGCGUUGUGUUCCAAGCGAAAUGUUUAGAGACUGGAGAAACUGUAGCGAUAAAGAAAGUGUUGCAAGACCGUAGAUACAAGAACCGUGAGCUACAAACAAUGAGGCUACUUGACCAUCCAAACGUAGUGUCUUUAAAACACUGCUUCUUCUCAACAACCGAGAAAGACGAGCUUUACCUCAACUUAGUCCUUGAAUACGUUCCGGAAACAGUUCACCGUGUUAUCAAACACUACAACAAACUUAACCAACGUAUGCCUAUCGUUUACGUCAAACUCUACACCUAUCAGAUUUUCAGGUCCUUGUGUUACAUUCAUCGAUGUAUAGGCGUGUGUCAUCGUGACAUAAAGCCUCAAAACUUGUUGGUAAAUCCACACACUCAUCAAGUGAAGCUAUGUGAUUUUGGAAGUGCUAAAGUAUUGGUGAAAGGAGAGCCAAACAUUUCAUAUAUAUGCUCGAGGUAUUACAGAGCUCCUGAGCUUAUUUUUGGAGCUACAGAGUAUACUACAGCCAUUGAUGUUUGGUCUGGAGGAUGUGUUCUUGCUGAGCUUCUUCUCGGACAGCCAUUGUUCCCUGGUGAGAGUGGCGUUGAUCAACUUGUUGAGAUUAUAAAGGUUUUGGGAACACCAACAAGGGAAGAGAUCAAAUGCAUGAACCCUAACUACACUGAGUUCAAGUUCCCUCAGAUUAAAGCUCAUCCAUGGCAUAAGAUUUUCCACAAGAGGAUGCCUCCAGAAGCUGUUGAUUUGGUCUCGAGGCUUCUUCAAUACUCUCCUAAUCUCCGUUGCAGUGCUCUUGAUGCAUUGGUCCACCCGUUCUUUGACGAGCUUAGAGAUCCUAAUGCACGGUUGCCCAAUGGACGUUUCUUUCCACCACUUUUCAACUUCAAGCCUCAUGAGCUUAAAGGUGUGCCUGUGGAGAUGGUAGCUAAGUUAGUACCAGAACAUGCAAGGAAGCAGUGUCCGUGGCUCAGUUUGUGA